CUCGAAAGCAAUUUUAGAACAGGCCUCUGCCCUAACGCGUGACCUCGUGCAGACUUCACUUCAAAGGUCCCGUCCCCUCCCUCCCGCUUUCUUUGAUUAGCCUUUACUGUGCUUCUUCAAACCCUAGAUUUCACAUUCCUCGUCCAAAAUGAAGCUUGUCAGGUUUUUGAUGAAGUUGAACAACGAGACCGUGUCAAUUGAGCUCAAGAAUGGAACCGUUGUUCACGGCACCAUUACAGGUGUGGAUAUCAGUAUGAAUACUCAUCUGAAGACUGUGAAACUAACACUGAAGGGGAAAAAUCCAGUAAACUUAGAUCAUCUCAGUGUGAGGGGUAACAAUAUUCGAUAUUAUAUCCUUCCUGACAGCUUGAAUCUUGAAACUUUGUUGGUUGAAGAUACACCUCGGGUCAAACCUAAGAAACCAACUGCUGGGAGGCCUUUGGGACGUGGUCGGGGCCGUGGACGCGGUCGUGGACGUGGUCGGGGCCGUUAGUAGGGUUGCAAUUAUUCUAAUUUUUGGGCAUCUAGUUAUGUAAACACCUAUGUUGUAAGGAUAAUUUGUUGGUAGAGAAAGAAACAUGAAGAGAGUGUUAUUUCUAUUUUGUUGCUCUGUUUGCCUUAGAGGCUAAUUUGCGGAUUUGAGGCUUUUCUCCUUGGUUGAAUUUCUAUCUAGCGUUAGCAGCAAGUUGGAAAAUGAUGAGUUCAUGACAUAUUAUUGCU